AUGAACGAAGCCGCAAUCCUCACAUCCCCAAACUCCCCUCUCACAACACAGGCCCUUCCCAUCCCCAAGCCUUCCGCCUACGAACUCCUAAUCAAAGUCUCCCUCAUCGGCAUCAACGCCAUUGAAGCCAAGAUAGCCAAACGCGGCGCCCCACCACCGCCUUCCUACCCCUUCAUCCCAGGCUCUUCUUACACGGGUACGAUCGCUGCCGUCGGUCCCUCAGUCACGGAAUACCAAGUAGGAAAACGCGUUCUCGUUAGCAAGAGAUUUGGUACACAGGAAAACGCACAUGGCGCGUAUCAACGCUACGUCCUCGUUACUGCGGAGGAGAAGAUGGUAGUCAGACUACCGCAACGCAUAAACAAAGAUGACGAAGCAGCGUUGGUAGCGUUGAUAAUGAACGCAAGUUGUGUAGCCGGUCUCUUCUCCGGGCGGCUGGGACUGCGCAAGCCAGGUGACUCGGUCCAGGAAGGCGAAGAAAGAGAAAAGAUCUUCAUAUACGGCGGAAGUUCCAGUUUUGGUCGUUUAGCAGUGCAGUACCUUCAGUGUUCCGGAUACGAUGUUAUCACAACGUCUUCACCACAGCACAUGGCCACCGUGCGUACGCUCAGCGGGAGUAGAAGUCACGUCGUCGACCAUACACUUCCGUCCGACCAAAUUAUCGCAGAACUCAGAGUGCGUGGACCAUACGAUGUCGUCGUGGACAUGAUAUCCACUCCCCAAACCAUCCCUCUCGCAAGCCGCAUUCUAGCCUCCCAAGGCGGAGGCAGACUCUUCGCCACACAACCUGCGUUCAGUCCUGAGAGCUUAUCAGAGGGUGUAGAGAGAGUGUUUGAACCGUGGUCAGACUCGUUGUACGAGGAGGGGAAUGAAGGACUGAUGGAGUGGGUUGUGGGGACGUAUUUACCGUCUGGCAUGGAGAAGGGGUGGAUGAGUGCGCAGGAGAUUGAGAUGGUGAAGGGCUUAGAGAGCGUUGAUGGGGUUUUGGGGAGGAUGGUAGAGGGAUACGGGGGUGGUAAGAGGUUUGUUGUUGAAAUUGGUGGGUAA